GUAGAAGUCCAGCAACAUUUGGAGGGCCACAGAUUCCCCAUCCUUGUUACAAAGAGCAUACUCUCCAGCACUGAACUAUGCAGGCAUUACUCUUGAGUAAAAACGUUAAGCCCUGGAUUGCAAGCCUGAUAAAUUCAAUUGGUCAGAGUUGACAGGAAGUAUAAAUCUGGUGUGGGAGAGGCUAAAGACAGAGAACAAGAGGGCACCUUAUGCUGAAGCCUGCUUGAGUAUUUUGCUCAUUUAAUAAACAAGGAGCGCAGCCAAUUCUCUCACCACCCUUUAAUAAAGCCAAACACCAUCAGUUCUACAGGGCUGCAGUUCUCACAACUGCUUUCAAGCUGCUGUUGAUGACUCUUGCUCACUGUCUGAAAACAGAGAUGGCACAAAUGGGAUUUCUGAUUUUCCUCCUUGUUACCAUCCUUUUGCUGGAUCAAACAACUGGCCAGUCUGUCCAUUCCAAAGCCAGAAAACACAGCAAACGGAGGGUUAAAGAGAAAGACGGUGACCUAAAGAGUCAAAUUAGCAAGCUUUGGCAAGAGGUAAACUCCCUGAAGGAAAUGCAAGCACUGCAGACAGUCUGUCUUCGUGGAACAAAGGUCCAUAAAAAAUGCUACUUGGCAUCUGAUGGUGCAAAACAUUUCCAUGAAGCAAACGAAGACUGCAUAGCCAAGGGAGGGACUCUUGCUAUCCCCAGAGACGGCGAUGAAACCAAUGCUCUCCGAGAGUACAGCAAGAAGAGCUUGUCAGGUGUGGCAGAUUUUUGGCUGGGUGUCACUGACAUGGUAAACGAAGGGAAAUUUGUUGAUGUCAAUGGAAUGGUCCUCAACUACUUCAACUGGGACCGGUCACAACCCAAUGGAGGAAAACGAGAAAAUUGUGUCUUGUUUUCACAGUCAGCUCAAGGAAAGUGGGUGGAUGAAGUCUGCCGUACUGUCAAACGAUAUAUUUGUGAAUUCCUGAUCCCUUAAUCACAGCUAGGUCUGCUUCCUUCUUUCACUUUUGAAAGACAUAUAUGGUAGGGAUGCCAGUUUGCAGUCAUCACCAAGCUUCACAACAAAUCCAGAGUCAGAGACCACACUUUCAGGUAAUUAGCUUUGUAUGGGGCAGUCAAAAUAGCCUUUAGACAUGAUGGAUUGUUGAGUUCAAGUGUAUACCUCUUGAUAAUCCUUCCUGCUUACUAAAACUGCAAACCUCUCUUUUAAAGCAGAUACUUCCUCUAUUAAUUAAUUUUCCAUUCAGUUGCAAUUCCCUGUGUGUUCCGUUGCUGCAAGAAAAUCAAUGCUCUGCUUUGAACACUGCUAAUGUCAUAAACAGAGGUGAUAGGACAACCAACACGGAAUUGAUUGUGCUGUUAGUGGUAGAUCCACUAUUUGAUCCUAGUCAGUAUCCCAGCACUGCAGGGUUAAUUACAGGGUAGCUGCAUCCCAAGAUUUAUAAUGGACUGCAGGACAGAGGGAAUGUGAGGUUUUGCUGUAAGCAUACUGUAGAUACUGAGGUAUUAAAUCCUCAUCAGUCUGGCUUCUUAAGCACACUUCUUAUUUCCAAGGCUCCUAUGACAUCAGGACACAGGCAACAAACUACUCUUGUUAUAAUUCAAAGCUUGUUAUCAUUAAAAGUGUCCCUGCUCUCAACAUAUAUAUAGUGAGUGGGAUGAAUACUUCUCUGACAUGUAUCUUCCCAUCAUGCUUUAUAUCUAACACAAUAGAAUAUCUUCACUCUUUGCAUGAUUUACACAUUUCAAUAAAGUUAUUUUCCAAAAGCACAAGAGCUGGAUGUUGCAGUGGCAAUGUUGUGUUUUAAUGCAUGGAUGUGUGUGUGUGUGAACAGGGGAGUCGAAGACAUCCAAUCCUAUGUACACUUAUUUGAGAGUAUGUGCUGUACUUCAUUUUAAAGUUAUCAGCCCAUUAAACACAGUGCAAUCCUAUACAUGUCUACAGUGGUACCUUGGUUUAAGAACAGCUUAGUUUAUGAACAACUUGGAUUAAGAACACUGCAAACCCUGAAGUAGGUGUUUUGGUUUGUGAACUUUGCCUUGGAAGCAGAACAUGUUCCCCUUCCUGUUGAGUGUGUUCCAUUUGUAAAUCAAGUCCCCUGCUGCUAUGGGAAAGAACGCCUUGGUUUAAGAAUGCUUUGGUUUCAGA